AUGUCGGGGCGGCGCCGGCGGCCGCCGGGCUGGAGCUGCCAUGGCCACCCCGCUGUCCUCCACGCCCGUCAGCGGCAGCCGCUCGCUCGGCCCCGCUCCGCCGCUGAGCCCGGCGCGGCUGAGCCGGCUGCAGGAGAAGGAGGAGCUGCGGGAGCUCAACGACCGCCUGGCCGCCUACAUCGAGUGGGUGCGGGCGCUGGAGGCCGACAAGGCGGUGCUGCGGCAGCGCCUGGCCGAGCAGCGGGAGGGCAGCGACCGGGAGCUGGGCAGCCUGCGGAGCUGCUACGAGACAGAGCUGGCUGAUGCCCGCCGGGCGCUGGAUGACAUCGCCAUCGAGCGAGCCACGCUGCAGGUGGAGCUGGGCAAGCUCGGCGAGGAGCACCGGCAGCUGCAGGGCAGGAAUUCAAAGAAGGAAGCUGAUUUAAACCUGGCACAGGCUCGUGUGAGAGAUCUUGAUGCUCAGCUGAACGCAAAGGAAGCUGACUUAGCAACAGUUUUGAGUGAGAAACGAGGUUUGGAGAAUGACCUCCGUGAAUUAAAGGAUCAAGUAGUCACUCUGCAGCUUUCCCUGGAAGAUACCAAAAAGCACCUCCACAGUGAAAUGUUGAGGAGGGUGGACCUGGAAAAUCAUAUGAAAACCUUACAGGAACAAAUGACGUUCCAGAAGCGCCUUCAUGAAGAUGAGCUCAAGGAGACAAAAAGAGUCCAUGAGAACACAAUAGCAGAAAUAGAAUCUGGUCGUCAGAGAGAAUUUGAGAGUAAGCUCUUGGAUGCUCUGCAGGGGCUCAGAAAACAGCAAGAGGAACAAAUUCAAGGAUACAAAGAGGAGCUGGAGCGAACAUUCAGUGCAAAAAUGGAGAAUGCCCAGCUAUCUGCAGCAAGACAUAGCGACUUUGCCAAUGCUGUUCAAGAGGAGCUGAGAGAAACAAAGCACAGAGCUGAUACUCUGACAUCUCAGAUUAAUCAAUAUCAAAGCCAGAUUGUUGCUUUGGAGAGCAGAGUAAGGGAGCUACAGGAAAAGCUGGAUCAUGAUCGAGAUCUCCAUCGAAGGCGUAUGACUGAAAAAGAGAAAGAAGUGGCACAAGCCCAGCAGCAGGCACAAGCACAGUUGGAAGAAUAUGAGCACCUUUUAGAUGUGAAACUGGCUCUAGAUAUGGAAAUAAAUGCCUACAGGAAGAUGCUGGAAGGAGAGGAACAGAGGCUAAAGCUGUCACCCAGUCAGUCUUCACACAGCCCUGUAACUCAAGAAACAAGUCAAGGGAGACGGUUCCUGCAUGGGAGGAAAAGGAAAAUUAAAGAAGUGAAAAAGAGAGGACAUAGAGCUGGAUUUAAGUCUGUUGACUAUGCUUCGUCUUCUGGAAAUGUAUCUAUUGAAGAAAUUGAUGCAGACGGGAAAUUUGUCAGGCUUAAAAACAACUCUGAUGAGGAUCAACCACUACAUGGAUGCGCUUUACGAAGACAUCUUGAAACUGUGUCAGAUGUAACAUACAAAUUUCCUUCACAGUUCAUUCUUCAGGCGGGCCAAGUAGUUACAAUCUGGGGUGCAGCUGCUGGUGUAAGCCCAGGUCCCGGUGAUCUGGUCUGGAAGUCUCAGAAGUCUUGGGGAACUGGGGACAGCAUUGGUGUUACGCUUAUCACAGAUGAUGGUGAGAAACUCGCAGAGAGGAAAAUAAUGCAUGUACCCAGAGAAGAAGAAAGUGGUGAGCAAGAAGAUGAUUUUGAAGAAAUAACUGGAAGUGAAAUGGAGUUUCCAUCUCGGACCAAAAGAAGAAGAAAAAAGAAAUGUUGCUUGGUUUCAUGAUAGUGGUUCCUGUGAGUAUUCUUAAGGAGCUGAGAUGCAGAAUGAAGAUCCUAGCUGUUCUAUCAUGUAAUGUGGACAAAGAUAAUCAUCUGAAAACACUUCUAAAUCCAGGUGAUAUAGACUACGUAUGUUUUGGUAUCUUCUGCAAGAUCUGAAACUUGCAAUCUCCCAUCUGACCUCCUUGUAAGAAACAUUGUCCAUAACAUCAUGAAAUUUCCUACCUUGUGAUACUUGGACCCACUGACAGAAAGAGCAGUAGAAUACAAGCUCCAUGUGAAGUUAUUUUUACUUUAACACAAGGAUCUGGUUUCCAUGACCUGCUGAAACAGAGGAGGGUACAGUUUACAAAACUCCUGAACGUGUGCCCUAGAAGGAUGCUAAAUAUUUGCUUCAGCUUUCUCAGUAUUCUGAUAUGGCUUCUCCAAAGGUGAUUUCUGUUUCAAGCUUGAGUGGGAAACUAUGUGGACCAUCACACCCUAGCUGGCACCUUGAGCAACUUUGAACUGGAAUGAAGCAAAAUGUUACCCUGAAGAGUGAGCGUCUGAAAUGUUUCCUGCUCAGAUUCUGAUGCUGAAAUAUAUGAAGCUGGUCAGAUCACCUGCUAGGGAACUUCCUAGCAUGAAAUAUUUUAAAAUUAAAAGCAAGCUGUGAAAAUUAUUCCUGACUUUAUUUAAUACACUGUUUCUGUAUUUUAGCACCUAGAAAUCCACCAGUUUCAGUAUUGUAUGUUCCUAGAUACAGUGUAUUGGAGCAUAGCUGUGUCAACCUUAACUUGGACAGAUGUAUCCUGUAAAUGUGAGAAAGCGUCUCAUUCCAACCGUGAAGGUACUGUAAUUAGCAAUAUUAGCACUCUAUUUUGGUCCCAGCUUUCUAAGGGGCUAGAGAAACAUGCUGAAAUAAAAAUCAAAACUAGAAAGCACCCACUGUAGUAAAAGGUGCAUCAGAACUAACUGUUCUUAGUCCUUAUGUAUGAGAACUGUGUGGUCUGCAGUACUGCUUUGUGUAUGUCUAAAUGGGGCAGUUGGGGAACACUGUCUGUUGGCCAGUACGUAAACUACUGUAACUUUAAUCCUCUGUCCAUGUAAAGCCUGACCUCGUAACCCCCAGAAACCAGGCAGACAGCCUCUGGGGCCACUGCAUUUAAUUAUUCUUAGCCUCAUUUUAUGAAAAUGCUUACUUGCUGGCUCUAUGGUAAAGCAAGGGCCUUGAUGAGCCACUUACGCUCUUUAAGAGAAGUGUAGUUUGAGGGGAGGGGAGUAGCUGAAGGGAGAGGAGCAGAUGAGAUCGCUGACUUCUCCAAAUGCUGGAACAGUUUUGACUGUCUCUUACCUUGCCAAAGUGUUAAGUUCAGAAUUUAAGACCUGUUCUGUGUUGGGAAGCAGUUGUUAAAGUGAAGCUUUCCUUAUAUCAGUUUAAACUCUCAAGUUAUCUAAAAAUUCUAGUUUGGAGACAUCAGCCAGUAGAUACUCGUAUAAUACGUGCAUUUUAGCAGAUCUGAAUUCUUGUUGUACCUUACGGUCUGCACAGAGAGAGCUGCUGCUAUAACCUUGCUAUAUUUAUCUUGAUUUCUUAAACUUUUGUAACAAUUAAAGGUUUUUCAUGAACUUUAAUAUUUACAGGUUAAAUAAUAAAGUCAUAUUUGUUCAUUGAUCUUACCUGAGUGCCUCAAAAGACUUUAAAGAAAUAAAACUGAGUUUAGGAAAGAAUCCUUGCACUCUGAAAAAACCUUGACAAAAAUGCACUAUGUACAUACACAUGUGUGCAUAUGUUAUUCUCUCCUCUAAGGAAUUCUGGUGGGGUGAGAGAUUUCAAUGCCUCUUCUCUUACCUGUUAUGGCAACGUAUCAGUGGGGAGAACUCUCUGAUAAAUGGGUAAAAUGCAAAAGCAUCUGUGACUCCCCAAUUCUCUAUUCACAAUGUCAUAGGUAUUUUCAUUCAAGAACUAGGCCAGGAGAUGUUACUUUCCAUGUUGUUGCUCUAAUAACUACUGGUACUCACCCAUGAAUUUUCUUUACAUGAGCAAGUCCAAAUUCUGAGACGAUGUGCCCUAAGUGGCAGGUUGUAGCCAAAGCUGCAAAGAAUAACCUUCUGCUUCUCUUGUGAGCAUUGUGCAAGCCCCAGCCAGAGAUGAGGGAAACCAGAAGGCUGUGGUCUUUAUAGAAAUUUAGAGGCUCUUUGUUUCUUAUGAGGAAUAGUUCCUGCCCCUAUGCUACACAUGAAAUAGGGAAUGCUGUUUCAGCCGGACUACAGAACCGAGUAAAGCUUGAAACUCGGAAACUGGAUUCAAGCCUCUUUGCCCAUAAAGAGUUCAGCUCCCUUCUCAUCAUUCUGUCUGGUACGCAGAGCAAUUGGCAAAAGAUUACCUGUUCCUCUGGAGCUGCUGAAUUCUGUGCUCACUACUCUGUUUGCUAAGGAAAGCAGGAAAAGGCCCCCAG